AUGACGCUCUCAGUGGGGGAGAAGGCAGUCGUGGAAAACAGGCUGUUUCUGCGGCGUACGGUGAAGGUGGCAGGGCCACUGCUAACCAACGAGGCCCCCCACUGGACAAACCCAGUGGAAGCCACGGCAGGACAUGGGGACACUGAUGCAUCCAUGCAGGUCAGCCUCCUGGCGCUGAGGGAGGCCAUGGGUGUGGAGAGGCCAGUGGCACCAAUACUGGCCACAGAGGCAAGCGUUGAUUUCCAGUCGAGCUGCGUUUCAGACAAGCAGCUGUGCGGCAGCACGGGCCACGUGGGUGGCUAUGGGGAUUUAAGGAUUAUGUUUGAUUCUCCGGUGCAGUGGUUCUCAAAGCAUGUUGUCCAGGCCGGCGGCAGCAGCAUCUGGGAAUCGUUAGAAAUGCAAGCUCAAGAGUUCACCCUGGGGGCCGGGGCCCAGCAGCGUGAUUCUGGGGCACACCUGAGUCGACGCCGGUGUGAGCACAUGGACGUGUCAGUCCCACACUGUUUCUCUUUUCGACAGAGCUGCCUCGGUUAUCCCUUCAGCAUCUUCUUCAUCGUGGUCAACGAGUUCUGCGAGAGAUUUUCCUACUAUGGAAUGAGAGCGAUCCUGAUUCUGUACUUCACGAAUUUCAUCGGCUGGGGCGACAACCUGUCCACGGCCAUCUACCACACGUUCGUCGCUCUGUGCUACCUGACGCCCAUUCUCGGGGCUGUCAUCGCUGACUCGUGGCUGGGAAAGUUCAAGACAAUUGUGUCACUCUCCAUCGUCUACACGAUUGGACAAGUAGUCAUCGCGGUAAGCUCCAUCAAUGACCUCACGGACCACAACCAUGACGGGACCCCCGACAGCCUUCCCGUGCACGUGGUACUGUCCAUGAUCGGCCUCGCUCUCAUAGCUCUCGGGACCGGAGGGAUCAAGCCUUGUGUGUCUGCAUUUGGUGGAGACCAGUUUGAAGAAACCCAGGAAAAACAAAGAAACAGAUUUUUUUCCAUCUUUUAUCUGGCCAUUAAUGCUGGAAGUUUGCUUUCUACAAUCAUCACUCCCACGCUCAGAGUGCAGCAAUGUGGAAUUCACAGUAAGCAAGCUUGUUACCCACUGGCGUUUGGGGUUCCUGCCGCUCUCAUGGCGGUAUCGCUCAUUGUAUUUGUCAUUGGCAGUGGAAUGUACAAGAAGUUUCAGCCACAGGGUAACAUCAUGGCUAAAGUGGUCAAGUGCAUUGGUUUUGCCAUCAAAAAUAGAUUUAGGCAUCGGAGUAAGAAAUUCCCCAAGAGGGAGCAUUGGCUGGACUGGGCUAAAGAGAAAUAUGAUGAGCGGCUUGUCUCUCAAAUUAAGAUGGUUACGAGGGUGCUGUUCCUGUAUAUUCCACUCCCAAUGUUCUGGGCCUUGUUUGAUCAGCAGGGCUCCAGGUGGACACUUCAAGCAACAACUAUGAAUGGGAAAAUUGGAGCUAUUGAAAUUCAGCCAGAUCAGAUGCAGACUGUGAAUGCCAUCUUGAUUGUGAUAUUGGUUCCCAUUGUGGAUGCCGUGGUGUAUCCUCUGAUUGCAAAGUGUGGCUUCAAUUUCACCUCUUUGAGGAAGAUGACAGUUGGGAUGUUCCUGGCUUCCAUGGCUUUUGUGGUGGCUGCAAUUGUGCAGGUGGAAAUUGACAAAACUCUUCCAGUCUUCCCCAAAGGAAACGAAGUCCAAAUUAAAGUUUUGAAUAUAGGAAAUAGCAACAUGACUAUAUCUUUUCCUGGAAAUGACGUGACACUUGACCAACUGUCUCAAACAAAUGAAUUUAUGACUUUCACUGCGGACAAACUGACAAGUAUAAACAUUUCUUCUGCUGGAUCACCAGACACUGCAGUAACUUAUGACUUUGAGCAGGGCCAUCGCCACACUCUUCUAGUGUGGGCCCCCAACCAAUACCGAGUGGUAAAAGAUGGCCUUAAUGAGAAGCCAGAAAAAGGACAAAAUGGAAUCAGAUUUGUAAAUACUUUUAAUGAGGCCAUCAACAUCACAAUGAGUGGGCAAGUUUAUGAAAAUAUCACCAGUCACAAUGCCAGCGAAUAUCAGUUUUUUACUUCUGGCAUAAAAAGCUUCACAAUAAGCUCAACAGAGAUUUUACCACCGUGUUCACAUGAUUUCCAAUCUUCCAAACUUCAAUUUGGUAGUGCUUACACCUAUGUAAUCAAAAGUCAGGACGAUGGCUGUGCCGAAGUGAAGGAAUUUGAAGAUAUUUCACCCAACACAGUUAACAUGGCUCUGCAAAUCCCGCAGUAUUUCCUUUUGACCUGUGGCGAGGUGGUCUUCUCUAUCACUGGACUGGAGUUUUCAUAUUCUCAGGCUCCUUCCAACAUGAAGUCGGUGCUGCAGGCAGGGUGGCUGCUGACAGUGGCUGUUGGCAACAUCAUUGUGCUCAUUGUGGCAGGGGUUGGCCAGAUCAGCAAACAGUGGGCCGAGUACGUUCUGUUUGCCUCAUUGCUUCUGGUCGUCUGUAUAAUAUUUGCUGUCAUGGCUCGAUUCUACACUUACGUCAAUCCAGCAGAGAUUGAAGCUCAGUUUGAUGAGGAUGAAAAGAAAAAGAGCCCAGAAAAGAUGAACCCGUAUUCCGUGGUGGGGUCCAUCUCCCAGACACAGAUGUGAAGGAAACAAGUGGAGGACGGGCUGGGCCCAGCACCUGCCCUGACCUCUGUCCCCAGGUGGCAGGACACUCCACUGGAUGGCUUUGAUGGGGAAGACUUCAGAAUGGUGAACUAAACCAAGAAAGCAAUGAAUCUAACACUCUGGAAGAAGUCUUUUUUUUUUUUUUUAAGUCUUAUUUAAAGCACAUAGACACAGACACACACACACCUUACAACACUGAGCAUAUACCCUGCAUUUAACUCCUUUCCUACCACACGAAUGAAAUAUUUUGGACUAACUUCAUUUUGAAAGGGUAACAAAGUUCCAUAUUGUUUGUGCUCUAACACUCUUAUGAAAACAAUGUGAAACGAGGCAGGAGCCAGUGCCAAAAGUGAACUUACAGGUUUUACAAUGGUAUAUAGUAAGUGCCGGCUAGUAUUAACUGAUAACCUUACCUUUUGGUUUUUUGUUUUGUUUUUUCAGUCCCUACCUCUUUUUAAAUUAUGCAUAACUCAAAAGACCUCUCAGGCGAAGGCCAGUAAUGAUUUUUGAAGUUUCAGUGGCAUGAAAUAAAUUCCUGUUCUUAAGA